CUAACAUAAAGGUGUGUCGAAUCAGUCUCCGGUGUUUUGCUGCUUUGAGUUCAAAAGGGACAAAACCUAUUAACUUUGUCAACUUUAUUAACUCCGUUACAAAGAGACAGCAGCUCAAAACGGCGACACACACGGAAACAGAUGUUAAACUAAAGGUGUGUCUGGCAAGGAAGUUCGAUUUAUUCCAGUGAAGAGAUGAGUGCUGAAAUUAGCACCAUCCCAACAUUACCACUUUUUUUGGAUUCUAUUUGGUCUAAACAAGCCAACGCAUCUCACAGCUCUGACCAAGACCACACCAACGCAUGGGUAACAGCACCCACGGCUGUAUACGACCCUCCUGUUUCCUACGUUGACAGAAUGGACCCACCCCAGCCCUGCCCGACCCCAGAUGAGGCCUGUGAACUGGGGUCUGAAUUUCAGGCCCAGCUCGACUUGUUCCUCAAGCUGGGGUUUUCCCAAAUGCAAGUUCAAGCUGCUUUCCUGAAACUCGGUCUCAACGCAGAUACAAAUAAAGUUCUGGGGGAGCUGAUACAGGCUGGUGUGCAAUCAGGGGAGAAAUUGGAACCCACGGCCUCCCCGUUGCUGGUUGCACGUGGGGACGGUACCAGUAAGACCCGGAAUGUCCAGACACACUGUCAUAGCGCUCUGGAAGUGUCUACGGCUCUGGAAGAGCUGGCAGAAGAUGACGAUACCCUUAGGCCGAUUGUUAUUGAUGGGAGUAAUGUAGCAAUGAGCCAUGGGAACAAGGAAGUUUUCUCCUGUCUGGGAAUUCAACUAGCAGUGAACUUCUUCCUGGAGCAAGGCCAUGUUGACAUAACAGUUUUUGUACCUUCCUGGAGGAAAGAGCAGCCGCGGCCAGACGUACCAAUUACAGAUCAACACAUUCUCCGGGAUUUGGAACGCAGGAAGCUCUUAGUGUUCACGCCGUCCAGAAGGGUGGCAGGAAAACGGGUGGUUUGCUAUGACGACCGUUUUAUCGUGAAGCUGGCGUACGAAUCUGACGGCAUCAUUGUAUCCAAUGACACGUACCGAGAUCUGCAGGGAGAGCGUCCUGAGUGGAAGAGAUUCAUCGAGGAGAGGCUUCUAAUGUACUCUUUCGUCAAUGAUAAAUUUAUGCCUCCGUAUGACCCUCUGGGAAGACAUGGUCCCACCCUUGACAACUUUCUGAGGAAAACUCCACGAAUAGCUAAGAAACAGCCAUGCCCUUACGGAAAGAAGUGCACAUAUGGAAUCAAAUGUAAGUUCCACCACCCAGAGCGAACCAAGCAAUUCCAGCGUGCCCUAGCCGACGAGCUACGAGACAAGGCAAAGAUUUCAGCUGCACCAAACAAACCACAGUCAUCUUCUCUUGCUCCCAGUCAAAGUCCCUCUCUGGAGGAAGUUAUGGAACAGAAACUAUCUCUGGACCCAUCUGGAUCUCUCAAGAAGAGUUAUGCCAGUGAAAACGUACUUGUCAUCAAAAGUGUCCCCCAGCCAACUCAGAAGAAAUUUUCCUUAAAGAGAGACCGAAGUAGUCACCAUUCCCCAACAAGUCUGGAUUGUUUUCCUAAUGGAUCGCAGGAGCAUUUGGAUUCUGGCUUGGGUUCCUAUGAAUGUCAUUCCCCUGAAGCUCCACAGUUUGACCACUACUGCGGAACUGACCACAGGAAGUUCAAACCAUCCACCAGUGGACGGCAUUGCUACGUUCCAACCAAUAGCCAACCCUGUAGUUGCUGCUCCUACCAAUCCCUGAGCUCCAGUGGAGCCAAUCAGCACCACAGCAUGGGCUCCAACUCACCAAACCCAGAACAUAUGGGUUACAGUCAACCCCGUUACCACUCCUAUGGAGGAGGUCCAGUUUACCCACCAGCCAACGUGUCGCAGUAUUCAUUUCCACACAGUAGGGGGCAUCCACCCCACCAGGGUUACUGGUCCGACCAUUAUGGUGGCUAUCCACCAGUGUCCCACAGUUCCAUGCAUGGAGACCAAGGCCGUGGACACUGGUCCCAUUCCAAUCUCAAUCCACAGUGGUCCGAAAGGGAACAAGUGAGGAAGAAGUUGCUGGCAAUUUUCAACGCACGUUUGGUGGAUAGGGCCAUGGACAUGUUCCCCUAUCUCCUAGACCCUCAAAAACUUGCCGUAGAGAUUUUGUCCCAGUCUCAGGAUGGAGCUUUAUAAGUUUCUAUUUUUGAGACUGUUUUUAGUCUUAUCCAAAGGACUUGACAAUAAUAAGUGUAAACUUUUGGCACAGAGUGUGUCCUAACAAGGUAUUAUGCAUUAAAGCAAUUUCUUCAUUGUAAAUCUGAGGUUUGGUCCUGCUGCAACCACAACUAAUUAUUGUGUCAGUUGCUUGGUUUCUAUUUGGGCCAAAAUUCUGCUUCACUUAAGCCCAAAGUAUACUUCGAUUUGACGCGAAUGCUCAGUCAAACGCGAGCCUGGCAAAGUAUACUUAUACUACAAAGUAUAAGUAUACUCACUAUGUGACUGUGCGCGCAUACACAGGCGGUUGGCGCAUACGUGCUAUGACUGCUACGAGCCAACAGACUAUUUCUCUUCAGGAGUUUAGACCCGUAAAGAUGUCUUUAUAGUCCUUCAGACUCGAGUUAUACAACUGCAGGUAUCUUCUGACCUCCUCACACACGCACAUUUGACGUGCACAUCCACUGUUGUUGUUUCCACCUUCGUCUACUGUUGUUUAACAGCGAUUACAUCUUCUUCUGGCGCAUCUUGGUGACAACAACGGCUCAGUUGUGAGUGUUGCCACCUUGUGGACCCACUAAUUGUUGCAUGUGCAUUCUGCACGUUCAAAGACGCGCCUGCACGUGUUCAGUGUUCGCGCACUCUUCUGAUGACGAGAUUUGCGACGUGUUUUGCGUUCGCGUCUGACCGAAGUAUACUUUGGGCUUUAUUUGUAUUUUGAACAUCAGUAAUAUUCUUAUUUGCUGUGAUUCUGUCACUUCGUGCAGCAUUUCGUUUUCAGCAAGGAGAGAAAAAUGGGUAACACUUUAAAAUAAGGUUAUAUUUAUUAACAUUAAUUAACACUAUUGGUUAACAUGAACUUAAAAUGAACAAUACAUUUAGUGCAUUUCUUAAAAUCUUGGUUAAUGUCAAUUUCAACAUAUACUAACAUUUUUUAAAUCAAAAGUUUUAUAUGUUAACAUUAGUUAAUGCACUAAGGAUGAACAUGAACUUACUAUGAACAAUUGUAUUUUUAUUCAUUAACAAAGAUUUAAAAACCUUAUUAUAAAGUGUUACUGAAAAAUGACUUUUAGAUUUUUUUUUUUUU